AUGCACUACCGAUCCGUUUUCGCCGUCGGCAUCGUUGCCACGCUCUCUGCCACUGCCAUCGCAGUCCCUGUCUUCGCUCGCUCCGACGCUGAUGCAGCUACCGCCUACGUCGUGGAUAAGCGUUCCGACGCCGAUGCUGCCACCGCGUACGUGGUUGAUAAGCGUUCCGAUGCUGAUGCUGCCACUGCGUACGUCGUGGAAAAGCGCUCUGAUGCCGAUGCUGCCACUGCGUACGUCGUGGACAAGCGCUCUGAUGCCGACGCUGCUACUGCGUAUGUCGUUGACAAGCGUUCAGAUGCUGAUGCUGCCACUGCGUACGUCGUGGACAAGCGCUCUGAUGCCGACGCUGCCACUGCGUACGUCGUAGACAAGCGCUCUGGUGCCGACGCUGCUACCGCCUAUGUCGUUGACAAGCGCUCUGAUGCUGAUGCCGCCACUGCCUAUGUCGUGGACUAA